UCUGUUUUCCCGAUAGCCCGUGAACGCAUCUCUCGUCUCGUGUUGUUGUCUGAUGUUUGCUAGCUAGCCAGCCUGAAUCGACAGAGAAGUGUUGGCUGGCAAACGCCAAUUAUUGUAGCAAUCGUAACAAAGUACUUGUAACCAAAGCGCCUAUAGAAUGAGAAGAGUUACUUUAUUUAUUAACGGGACAUCUAAAAAUGGCAAGGUUGUAGCAGUAUACGGGACCUUGUCAGAUCUUCUAUCUGUAGCAAGCAAUAAGUUAGGAAUCAAAGCCUCCUGUUUGUACAAUGGAAAGGGUGGUCUCAUAGAUGACAUUGCCCUCAUAAGAGAUGACGACGUGUUGUAUGUGUCAGAAGGUGAUCCAUUUAUUGAUCCUCAAAAUGAAGCCAAGGUUACAUCCGAUCUGCAAGGAGCUCAUACUGAUUGGCUGACACUAAAUAUUGGUGGUCGUUCCUUCACCACCACCAGGAGCACCUUAGUCAGCAAAGAGCCAGAGAGUAUGCUCGCUCACAUGUUUCGAGAGAAAGAUGUGUGGGGGAACAAGCGGGAUGAGCACGGGGCUUACCUAAUCGACCGCAGCCCUGAGUACUUUGAGCCAAUCCUCAACUACCUGAGACACGGACAGCUUAUUAUCAAUGAAGGCAUAAAUAUACGAGGUGUCCUUGAGGAGGCCCGCUUCUUUGGAAUUGAGCAACUUGCUGAACAGUUGGAAGCAGCAAUCAGGAACUCCCAGCCACCCGAAGACCACUCUCCCAUUUCCCGCAAAGAGUUUGUUCGUUUUCUUCUGGCAACACCAACCAAGUCAGAGCUCCGCUGUCAGGGUCUUAAUUUCAGUGGCGCUGAUCUGUCCCGACUUGAUCUGCGUUACAUCAAUUUCAAAAUGGCCAAUCUGAGCCGCUGCAAUCUGACACAUGCUAACCUUUGCUGCUCUAAUCUGGAGCGGGCUGAUCUUUCAGGAGCCAACCUGGAUGUGAGUCUGAAAACUCUUUUCACACAGUGUUGGCUCAUAAUGCAUAUUAAAAACCUGACUGUGUAGAAGCAAACAUUUCUGUCUCCUGUCUUAGCAGUGUGUUUUGUGUUGUUUUUGAUUGUUUGCUCUCCUGCUGGUAAACAAUGGACCAAUCUUUUUGUGUUUGGGUAUGUCACACCUGCUGCCCCCUCAGCUGUGUGGAGGAAGGGCCAUUCU